AUGAAGUGGAUUGUGGUGCUAUCUUGCCUUCUGGCCACUACACUGGCCAUCCCGGUGAAUGUGGAAGAUGAUGGCUUCAUUGGGCAGCCAAUUGAGGAGCUCGGUGAACACUUUGAGGGCGAUAUCCUUCUCACGGAUCGUCAGAAGCAGGAGAUCUUCGAUGUGAUGGUUGACAGUCGCACGGGACUUCUCAAUCCCCGCUACCGCUGGCCAGGAAAUGUCGUCGUAUACGAAUAUGCCGAUGAACUCGAUGCAGACCAGAGAGCAUGGGUAGAUCUGGCUCUGGCAAACAUGACCGGUCACACCUGCCUCACCUUUGUACCACGCACCACGGAAAAUGACUACGUCUACGUGACCAAGUCAAGCUCUGGGUGCUUCUCCUAUGUGGGUCGUGUUGGUGGUCGUCAACAGCUCAAUCUGCAGGACAACGUUCCUGGAAACGGAUGCUGGCGCUUCGGAACUGUUGUUCACGAAUUCAUCCACGCCCUGGGCUUCCAUCACACCCAAACUGCCUACACGAGGAAUGACUAUGUGAUCAUCAAGUGGGAGAACAUCCAAUCAGGAACAGAGGGUAAUUUUGUCCUCAGAGAUCGCACUACAACCACCAUGUACGGCUUGGAUUAUGACUACGACAGCGUCAUGCACUACGGACCAACGGCAUUCAGCAUCAAUGGUGAACCCACAAUUAUCCCAACGCAGGAGGGAGCGGUGUUUGGUCAGAGAAACUCAAUGAGCCCAAUGGAUAUUCAGCGUCUCAACCGAAUGUACGAUUGCCCUGAUGGACAGUAGAGCGUUCCUUACUGCGGCCAUGUUUUUUUGUACGUUGAUUGUUCAAUAAAAUUUUUCAUGUUAAUGAUUGUUAA